AUGGUGGAAGCCAAGGAUGCCGAUGCCUACGAAGAGGAGCUUCUUGACUAUGAGGAGGAGGAAGAGAAGGCCCCCGAUUCGGCUGCCGCCAAGGGUAACGGGGAAGUACCGAAGAAGUAAGACUGCGACUUUCUGCUUUUUUCUUCUGCUUCUCCUGGUUUGUUAAGUUAUUUUCCGAAGCGCUCGGUGAAGUGUGGUUUUCUUCUCGUGCUCCUUUUGCGUUGUGAAAAUAUCUGUAUAUACGCAAGAUUUCUCACGCUCUAAUCUGGUUUUUUUUUCUGCUGUCAUAUCUUUGUAACAAACUGUUUUAAGGUAAGUUGGGUAUUUCGAUGGAACGUGACUUGAAGAAAGCUCAUUUUCAGAUGAGGGAACGGGGGAUGAAGGGUGUUAUUGAGAAGCGGAGAUAUUGGGGAACUCAUUUUCAGAUGCUCAUUGUGGAAUCUUAUGUUGGUUUAGGAUGAGAAUGUAGUAGGUUGCGUAGGAUCAGGGAUGGAUACCAAGGAUAUUCCGAAACUAGGUCCAACAGAGAACCAUGGUAUUACUGUUUGUGCUAUCGAGAAUAUUUCCUUUACAACGCCUGUAUGACGUUAUGUAUUUGAGAAAAGAAACGUUAUAUAUUCUUGAGGGAUCUCAGCAGGACGAAACGUCUGUAAUCUCCAAUCACGAUAUUUUCCUACGUUUUGUGAUUGUUUCAUGUUUUGUUACCGGUAUAAUGCUGUUGGAUGGAAGUGGAAGUAAUGGUUAAUCGAGUUUGAGCUGGAUGAUGUGGAGGGGUGGGUAUCAUGCACAUUAGUGAAAUCAAUAUCAUUGCAACGCUAAGAGGCGACCGUGGUGGACAGGGUCUAGGCAUAGUCACGAGAGAUUCACCCAUCAUUCUUUAAGAGAGUUGAGGGUACAGUGGGAUGUAACGGUUUCCCUGUUGGAUGCCAUCUCACAUUUAACGUUCAUGCCGAAGGUUAGAAGGAGAAAAAUGAUGUAAAUGUGAUGUGUGAAGGACGGAUGCAUUUGGCUGUCUUAUCUCCUUGGGUUCGUUCUCUCUAACCAUUUGUAUCUGAUUUAUUUGAUUUUUGAACUUCAUUGUAUGUGUGAGUUUACUCCAUCCCAUCUUUGUCGUCCUUUCUAUUAUCGUUCUGGGACCUGAUCCUUCUGGUCCCAUUAGGCUUUGUGUUAAUUAAUCUCUUGUAUGUCUACCUGUUGUACUGUUAUUUGGUCGUUUGUCCGUUCUGGAUUAUAGGUGUACAUAUAAUUGCUUUCCAUGGAACGUGUGCAUCCUUUCAGGAGUUUGGGUUCAUUGUACAUCCUUUCUGCUUCUCAUGUUUGCCGUUUUAUAAAUAUGUUUAACCUGCUUGAAUAUCAGUUUUUGAUUUUUUUCGGUUAGUCUUGUUCGACUGGUUUAUGAAGUUUUCGGUCGGAAACUAUAUUAAUGUUAUGGAACUCGUUGGCUACGAGUAGAGGAAUCCCAUGUAUAUUAUUGCACAAUUUCAGGUUGGCGGUAUUCUUCUGCUUCGUAAGAUUCGUGCAGGUUGUAUAUUUGUCCUUCGGUUAUCUCGUUGUAUGCUGCAAACGCGAUCACGAGAGUGAUUGGGUAUGAGUCCUCUGGAUUGGAUCGACCAGUAAAUUGGCACUCUUUAGUCGCUAAAUUGUGGUCUAGGUCGUAACGAAUUAGUUGAUGUUGCGGAUGAGACAAUUGGUUACGAGCAGUAAAAACUAAUAGGCUGUGAUACAAUUACGGAUGAAGAAUUCUAUUUGAUGGGUUUCGUCUACUCCAUGUGUUUUUUUCUACUAUUCUGUGGUUUUUAUUGUGGAUUUCUUUUUAUAUAUCACUCCCGUUCUCAGGAAGUUUCGAUUUACUCACUGACUAUUUUUACAUGACCUUGGUAUUGUAAUCUGUUGACACGUUUUUGAUCCUCCCCGUCUGUUUUGAACUUUGAUAAUUAUGAUGCUGUCUUUUAUGGACUGUUGUCUAUCAUUUGCGAUGAAGAUUCUCUCUCAUUGUUCUGAUCGUCUGGUUUCUUCCUGGCAGCAUAACACGUGCUAUUUCCCUUUUUAAGAUUAAUACUUCUCUCGUCUUCUGGCUAGUCAUAUUUGUACUCAUGAGUUUUCAGGCCAUUUUAACCGUGAUUUUUUUUUUGAUAUGUAGGGGUUAUGUCGGAAUUCACAGCUCUGGAUUCAGGGAUUUCCUUUUAAAACCAGAACUUCUUCGGGCAAUUGUAGAUUCGGGGUUUGAGCAUCCUUCAGAAGGCAAGGAAAUUUUUUAGUUCAUCCUGAAUGUGACACAGUGAAUCGACAACUUUCUUUUUAAUUUUUUAUGCUUCAUAACUACUGAUUCGGUUAUUUUUCCUUUCUGUCGUGAUGUUGAACUCCAUUUCCUUUAUUACUGAAGAUGGCUGUUUUGUAGUGCAGAUUUGUUUUUCCUUCAAGUGUAUCUAUUAAUUACAUUUGACUUGUGGAAUGGGCAACUAUCCUGUCUCUUUUUUUUACCUUUAUUUAUUUAGUGUGCCUAAUUUUUUCUAGUUCUCUUUACCUCACCAACUUCUUAGUCUUCUAUGAUUUCUGAAUGCCAAUGAUUUACUGCUCAUCUCUUUUGGAACAACAAAAAUGUUGCAAUGCCUUGGCCUUUUUUCUGCAUAUGAAUUGAAAUUCAGUCUAUUCUCAUAGAAGGCAUAUGCAAGAAAUAUGGUGCAUUUACUACUAUCAUGGUUUACUAAUGGCCGUGCCAAAUUCAUGAAUCAUAAAUCUCUUUGCAUUGAUUUAAUUAUGUUGCCUGAUUAUUUUUGGCUUAUUUUUUUCUGUGUAUCGUCUUAAUUAUUUGAUUUCAUUUCAGGUAAUACACUACUUGCAGGUUACUGAUUUUAGGGAGGGGGGUAAUUAUUUUCAUAUGCGUCUGGAUUGAAGGAUCCAGAAGAUCACUUUGCUUACUAAGGGUUGCUCCACUUCGUUGUUUAUUCUCCAUCAGUACAACAUGAAUGCAUCCCACAGGCCAUUUUGGGAAUGGAUGUCAUCUGUCAAGCUAAAUCUGGGAUGGGGAAAACCGCUGUAUUUGUUCUCUCAACUCUGCAGCAAAUUGAGCCUGUUUCUGGUCAAGUAGCUGCUCUUGUUUUGUGCCACACAAGAGAACUAGCUUAUCAGGUUUGUUUUUUGUUUUUUUGUUUUUUGCUUUCUUUUUUAUCAGCUGUUAAUUGCUGUAUUGUUCAAUCGGUUUUUAUUAGUUGGUUGUUUAUUGCAGAUCUGCCAUGAAUUUGAGAGAUUCACCAGGUACUUGCCAGACGUCAAAGUUGCAGUCUUUUAUGGUGGGGUACACAUUAAAAAUCACAAGGAUCUACUUAAAAAUGAGUGUCCGCAUAUUGUUGUUGGUACUCCUGGAAGAAUACUUGCAUUAGCCAGAGAUAAGGAUCUGGUAUUGAAGAACGUCAGACAUUUUAUCCUCGACGAGUGUGACAAAAUGCUGGAAGCACUUGGUACAUUCAAUUAUCUCAUUUAUAUUGAAAGAUGAUUUCUCUUUGUAUAAGCUGAAACGUGGUAUUUUCAAUUACGUUUGCAUACUCGCACAUUCAUGUGUGCUUGCAUAUGCAAGUGUGUAGCUGGAUCAUGUGUUUUGUUAUUUAAACACUGAUCAUUAUCGUUGAACUGAUGAUUACUGUAGACUCAUUGUUUUAUUUUGUGUGUUUUUCAUGUUUCUAGAUAUGAGGAGAGAUGUGCAAGAAAUAUUCAAGAUGACUCCUCAUGAUAAGCAAGUUAUGAUGUUUUCAGCGACACUCAGCAAAGAGAUUCGUCCUGUUUGCAAGAAAUUUAUGCAAGAUGUAAAUUCUUCUUCCCAGAUCAUUGGAAAAUGUUGUAGCAAUUGUUUGAUAAGUAUGUAUAUUGUGGGAGUUAUAUCUAGCAUAUUUGCCGUGAUGGUUAUGUCAUCACUAUUGUGAUAACCUCUCCCAUAAAGACAAGAAGAGCUGAACAAUGUGUCAAAAGAGUGACAACCAACCCUAUACUGUUGAGAUUUAGGUUUCGAUCUCCUCUAGUAAGGAGAUUUUGUACAGCUAUCUGAAGUUGAUUCUGCCACGCUUAGAGAUCUCAGUUCCUCUCACUCUAUGUACUGUUAUAUUAGGUGCCCAUCUAGAGCAUCAGUUAUGAACAUGAUACCUUUUUCGGAGUGUAUCUAUGCUGGUGUUCAUGGUUUGCUUUGUCCCCCCCACCCCUUUUUUUAUGUUUAGAGUUUCAGAACGUGUCUGAAACUUCAUUUUGGUAGUUGCAUAAACAUGCAUGAUCCUCUGCUUGAUUGAACAUUUUUGCCGUCGGUAAUUUUUAAUUAGAAUAUGUGGGGAUUUUGUGGGAUUUCAUCUUGAGUUUUUCUUGUGGGACAGUGUAGUUAUCUUGAGGGAAGUUCCUAACUUUCUCUGAUUAACAUUUUUGCUAUUUCAGCCCAUGGAGAUCUAUGUAGAUGAUGAGGCCAAGUUGACACUUCAUGGUCUAGUACAGGUACUCGUGAUGUUUCAUUUCUACACUUUUCCAUUCAUAUUGUCUUUUUUUUUGAUUUAUUUGUAAUCCUUUACGUCUUUUCUGAGCAGCACUACAUCAAACUUAGUGAGAAUGAGAAAAAUCGGAAGCUGAAUGAUCUUUUGGAUGCUCUGGACUUUAAUCAAGUGGUUAUCUUUGUUAAAAGUGUCAGCAGAGCAGCACAGCUUAAUACCCUACUUAUAGAAUGUAAUUUUCCGUCCAUCUGCAUUCACUCUGGGAUGUCACAAGAAGAAAGGUAGAGCAGUUGUGUACAGCUUGUCUAUGUUCAAUUUUAUUUGUAAGUUCGUUGACUUGUAAAAUCAUUGUUUAAUCCUCGUGCAUGGGGAGGAACAUGAAUAUUGUCUCAGAAAAAGUAAGUUUUUUUCCUUUUUUAACAGGUAGGAAUAACUUUAUGGUUUUUUAUUAGCUUUUAUAGACUGAAAUGAUCUUUUGGAUUAAUUAAUGCUGACCUCCAAUUUAUUUCCAAGUGCCAGUUUUAACAUAUAAUCAAUGAGAUCAAUGAAUUAUUUAUCAUUGAUUUCCUCUGCUAGGGAUUUAUUUGAGAAUCCUUGGCUAGUCCUAUCUCCUUUUAGAUUGUAACCAUCUAGCAACUAUUACAGCUGUUGAAAAUAAUUCUAUACAAACUGCAUGUUGUUAUAUCAUGGAAUUAACAAACGGUUUCGAUUACAACGCUUUAAUUGCAGUAGAAACUUCACUCUUUCAUUAACCAUUGCCCAAUUUUUAAAUUGACGGGUUAACACCUUGAUAACUUUAUCAAGAUCCAUCUAAGCGUUAUAGCGGUUUUUUUUUUUUUUUGAAUGAUUCAUCUUAUAGUAGAAAUGUUGGCUUUUCACAAAUACUUCGUUGGAUAAACUAAAAUACUAAAAGCUAUGUUACGAUAGCAUUAACCAUUUUUAAUGUAGUUUUAAGUAGUUGCAUAAACCUUAAAAUCCAUUGUCAUCAUGGAGAACAUUAUUUUCAUCACUUUGGUUGGUUUCGCCGUGACCAAUCAAGGGUAGAAAAUAAUGGCGAUGCUUUGAUAUCUUUUUAUUACUGCUAUUCUUAUGGCUCUCUUCUUACAGUACGGAAUAAGAUCGAAGGCAUGGCUGUUGCAAUCUGUUCAAAUUUUGAAGAGAACCUCUGAUCACUCUCGGAAAUUAUGCCUUCUGGUUGUUUGCUUUUUGAAAACUAUUACUUUUCUCCUACUUUAAUUUUUUUUGUUUAAGUUCAGGUUAACCAAGUACAAAAACUUCAAGGAGGGCCAUAAAAGGAUUCUUGUUGCUACUGAUUUGGUCGGCAGAGGGAUUGACAUUGAGCGUGUCAACAUUGUAAUCAACUAUGACAUGCCAGAUUCUGCAGAUACAUACCUGCACAGGGUAAUUCUUUCGAUUGCAUAUUUAGAGAUGCUUUAAUGACCUGUGUUUGUUUUGAUUUUCUUUGAUAUCGUAUGACAUACUAGGUAGCGGACAUUUUCUGUCACUCAAUAUUAUUAUUUACUCAUCAACUUGUCCUCAGUUCUGUUCUGAUAUUUUCUUUUAUGAGUUUGAAACAUCACGAAGUACUGCAAAUGUUUUCUUGUCAGGUUGGUAGAGCCGGUCGAUUUGGGACAAAGGGUCUUGCUAUCACAUUUGUGUCAUCUGCAUCUGACUCUACGAUUCUUAAUCAGGUUUGUUGCAAAAUAAUGUUGUAUUUUGUUGAUAUUCCUUCAAGGUUUUGUCGUUUAAGUUUCCAACGUUCCCAACCAAUAGGUUCAAGAAAGAUUUGAGGUUGAUAUCAAGGAGCUGCCUGAGCAAAUCGACACUUCUACUUACAGUAAGUUAUCACAACUUUUUUUAUUCUCAUAUUUUCCUGUCCCGCAUGAUUGUGGCUGCCACUGCGACAACACACUAUGGGGGUUGGUUGUAACUUUUAGUGUUUAUCUUUCUUUAUAUGUUUAGAUGAUUUCAAGGUUAUAGUUUUGCCAGUUUCUAUGUUGUUGACGUGGUAAACUGUGAUGCGCAUUGCGGUGUUUCUUUUGUUUUAUUUUUCCAAUAUUUUCAGAUCCAAUUGAAUGCAUAUAAUGUGCUAAUCUAUUGAUGUUGUAUGGUGCAAAUCUUUAUUGAAUUCGUUAUCUUUCCUUUCGAGUGCAGCAAGUGAACUUAACUGCCAGGAGAAACCUCGAUCUAUUAUUUCGACUUAAAAUUUCUUGGAUAUCUUGUCAUAGGAGAGACUGGUCCACUAAUAUGAAUGCCGAAGCGCCCUAAAAACAUGGCUGCGGCGAUUUCUUGGGUCAUGCUUCAUGCAGCAACUCCUUGUCUAUUCACUUGCUGGAACAUAUAUUCUUGGUAAAGUCAAUUAUCUUUAGUGCUCUGGAUCUCUUGAUUCAGUAAGCAGAGUAAUUGAUGAGAGAUAAGCCAACUCUAUAUAUAAAUGUUGGAUGUUAGGUCCUUGGUGCUGACUAAUGAGUGGACAUUGGUAAGUAUUAUAUUGUGGUCUGUAGUUGGUUUUGACGUAUAAAAGGUCUGUGAUAAAGGGAUGACUAGUGAAUGGGAUGGAAAGCAGUGCAUUCAGGUGAGCCUUUAGAGGAAGUGGGUUGGGGGUGGGGCAUGUGGUAGUUUGCUUUUGAGGUUGUAAAGCUGAUCCACAUGAAUUAGAGAAGCUUGAUGGAAUUACCAGAGGAAGGCGAGAACACUCUGCAAUCCCCAGGGCCAAAUUUCAUCAGUCAUCUUUCCUUAUGCCUGUCGUCUUUUAUUAAUUGCUACUUCUGCUAAUUUUGCUCCCUUUUUCAAGUUCAUAAGCCAAGCAAUGCCCGUAUUUGUAUGGAGCUGUGUUUGCCAUAUGCUUCUACAAUUUUGGCGCUGUUAAAUAGGGAUUAUCUUGAAAUAUUCAACCGUCGGUCUUUUAGUGAGAUGCUUUCUGAUAUGCUUCACUCUCUCUAGAUUGCAUAGUUUCCCCUGAUUUUAACGUUGCCCUGUUCACAGUGUAUUUGUUUAUAAUCUUGCGCUCUUAACGUGGGCUAAACGAGAUUUCCAGGUUUCAUCUGCUGACUGAUCCUCCUCUCCACUCCGUCGCAGUGCCGUCUUGA